AUUAAUUCACUUUUACAGCACUGAGUUUGACCACUUUCAAGUGAAUCUCACUGCUGACUGUAACCUCGGGUGUCAGUGUACUCCUUAUGAAAUUGAACCUGUGUGUGGCCGAAAUGGAAUAACGUACUUUUCUCCUUGCCAUGCUGGAUGUCGACUUGAUAACGACCGUAUUCAAGGGAUAGGCAUAAUACAGAACUUUACCAGCUGUGCUUGUAUUCCAACAAACAAAACUAUACUUCGAGAUGUAACGGCAGUUCCACUCGCUACAUAUGGCUCCUGUCCACAGGUGUGCAAAGCUAUGAUUCCUUUCAUGGUUCUUCUUUUUAUCAUGACACUGGUUGUCUCAAUCAUGCAGAUGCCUGUACUGAUGAUAACCCUCAGAUCUGUUAGUGAAGAGGAACGAUCCUUUGCCUUAGGGAUGCAGUUUGUUAUUUUCCGGCUGUUUGGAUAUAUUCCUUCACCUAUAAUGUUUGGUAAUGUCAUUGACUCGACAUGCUUGGUUUGGAAAGCAUACUGCGGAAGGCCAAGUGGGUUUUGUCUGAUGCACGACAUUGAACAGUUCCGACUGAGGUACAUUGGAGUAUGUACAGGGUUAAAGGUCGUUUCAGGAUGUUUGUUCUUCCUUGACUGGGUUCUCAUCUCUUGGAAACAGAGAAAAGACAUUGAACAACCUGUGGCCAUGACCCUUGGGGAACUGGUAUCCUCUGUUAUGUCUAUGGACCGACACUCGGCCAUGGGAGAUUUCAUUCACGAUGAUGUAAGGACGGGAACACUUCGUAGUGACGAAGAAAUGCAACCAUUGGAAGAUGACCACACCGGUCUUCGUCCAGGUUCAGAACAAGCAGAGGGAGAUUUCAUUCACGAGGAUGUAAGGGAAGGAACACAUCAUGAUAAGGAAGAAGUGCAACCAUUGGAAGAUGACCACACCGGUCUUCGUCCAGGUUCAGAACAAGCAGAGGGAGAUUUCAUUCACGAGGAUGUAAGGGUAGGAACACGUCAUGAUAAGGAAGAAGUGCAACCAUUGGAGAAUGAUCACACUUAUUCUUAUCACAAUUCAUCCAAUAACCAGGCUAAAGAAAGAUAAUAUCUCAGGAGAGUGUUUCAACUGGGAAAAUAAAAGUUAGUAAAACUUUGUUAUAAAUCAAGGUUAUUAAUCUAGACAAUACCGUAUCAACAUUAGGAGAUGGUAGGGUGGCCUUAUCCAGGAAUAACAGCAUUGAGUGGGUAGAAUCAGCAAGGUAGGGUGGCCUUAUCCAGGAAUAACAGCAGUGAGUGGGUAGGAUCAGCAACGUUUGGACAUUAGUUGUAGAAGCCGUGAAUGAAAUGGUUUGUAUUCUUUAUUGUCUGGAUGACCUGUUCAGAUUAGAAGCUGUGAAUGAAAUAGUUUGUAUUCUUUAUUGUCUGGAUGAACUGUUCAGAUUAGAAGCUGUGAAUGAAAUAGUUCGUAUUCUUUAUUGUCUGGAUGAACUGUUCAGAUUAGAAGCUGUGAAUGAAAUGGUUCGUAUUCUUUAUUGUCUGGAUGACCUGUUCAGAUUAGAAGCUGUGAAUGAAAUAGCUCAUGUUCUUUAUUGUCUGGAUGAACUGUUCAGAUUAGAAGCUGUGAAUGAAAUGGCUCGUGUUGUUGUCUGGAUGAACUGUUCAGAUUAGAAGCUGUGAAUGAAAUGGCUCGCGUUGUUGUCUGGAUGAACUGUUCAGAU